AGAAAUGUUGUAACACUGACUCCUCCUCUAAUGAAGAAAGAGUGAACAAGUGCACCUAGCGGAGCUUCUCAGAGCCACCCGGGCUGGGGACGCUGGAGCGGAGGCUGCAAUCCCCAGACCCCCGUCUUCUGGGGUGGGCUUUCCCCGCCUUCCUUUUUUCUAUUUUACUCAGCUGCUCUCCCGCUCUUUGGAUUUUACCGGCUGUUCAGGAAACAGCUUGACACACCAUGGGUAUCCAAGUCCUCGCGCGGCAAGUGCUCCUGGCCUGAUAGGGCAGACUUUGCUCCCUGGCAAAAGUGAAGAACUUUUCUCCCAUUCAUGGAGUCGAGCACUAAGGAUGCUUUGCACAUGAGCCCUGAAGGAAUUCUCUGAUACAUUUCCCAUAACAAGGAAAAGGAGCCAACAUGAAGGAAAAUGUGACAUCCACAAUGGUUUUCAUCCUGCUACUUUUUCUCAACAUCAGACUUCUGAAUGGAGAGUCGCCUCCUGGAAAACCUAUCAUCUCUAAAUGUCGUUCUCCUGAAAAGGAAACGUUCACAUGCUGGUGGAAGCCGGGAACCAAUGGAGGACUUCCCACCAAUUACACACUGACUUACUACAAGGAAGGAGAGAAUAUCAUCUAUGAAUGUCCAGACUAUAAUACCAGUGGUCCCAACUCCUGUUAUUUUAAUAAGAAGUAUACCAACCUAUGGACAAUAUAUGUCAUCAGAGUAAAUGCCACUAACAACAUGGGAAGCAAUGCCUCAGAUCCACGUUUUGUGGAUGUGGCCUACAUAGUUGAACCAAACCCUCCUCAGAACAUAAGUUUGGAAGUAAAACAGCCAGAAGACAGAAAACCAUAUCUAUGGAUAAAAUGGUUCCCACCAGCCCUAGUUGACAUAACGUCUGGCUGGCUCAUUCUACAGUAUGAAGUUCGAUUAAAACCCGAGAAUGCAGCUGAGUGGGAGGUACAUUUUGCAGGGCAGCAGACACAUUUUAAGAUUCUCAGCUUAUACCCAGGACAAAAAUACUUUGUCCAGGCUCGCUGCAAGCCAGAUCAUGGAUUCUGGAGUAAGUGGAGCCCAGUAACCUCCAUUGAAAUUCCUAGUGACAUCAACAUGAGUGAUACAACUAUGUGGAUCUUUGUGGCCAUUCUCUCUGCUGUCAUCUGUUUGGUAAUGGUCUGGGCAGUGGCUUUAAAGAGCUACAGCAUGAUGACCUGCAUCUUUCCACCAGUUCCUGGGCCGAAAAUAAAAGGAUUUGAUUCUCAUCUGCUAGAGAGGGGCAAGACUGAAGAACUGCUUGGUGCCUUUGGAUGCCAAGACUUUCCCCCCACUUCUGACUCUGAGGACUUGCUGGUUGAGUUUUUAGAAGUAGAUGACUCUGAGGACCAGCAGCUAAUGCCAGCUUUUUCAAAAGAAUACCCAGGUCAACCUGUGAAAUCUCGACGUCUGGAUCUCGACAAUGACUCUGGCCAUGGAAGCUGUGAUAGCCCUUCAUUUUUGUCUGAAAAGUGUGAGGGACCCUGGGCCAAUCCUCCCACUUUCCACACACCUGAGGUCAUUAAGAAGCUAGAGAAUCUGGAAGCAAAUAUUACUUGCACCUGGGACCCCCAGACCAAAAGCACGAAAGACAAAAUCCUUUAUUUCCAUGCUAAUGGAUUCAGAUCUUCAACCUGGCCUUUGCCACAGCCUACCCAGCACAACCCCAGGUCUCCUUACCACAGCAUUGCUGAAGUUUGUAAGCUGGCUGAGGAUCCCAGAGCUGCACUGGCCACUGUGUUACACAAAGCAAGCAAAGAUGCUUUGAAAUCCUCUAAAACCACUGAGACUGGAGAGGAGAAAAAGGCAGUGGAGCAAAUGGAGGUGGAAAGCUUCACUUCUAAGACUGGACAAGACACAGCAUGGAUGCUACCCCAGGAAAAUGCCUCCUUUAUCUCUGCUAAACCCCUGGAUUAUGUGGAGAUUCACAAGGUCAACAAAGAUGGAGCACUAUCACUGACCCCAAAACAGAAAGAGAGCAUUGACCAGACAGAGAAGCCAAGGACUCUAGAAAUCAUUAAAGAAUAUGCCAAGGUGGCCAGAGUUAUGGAAAACAACAUCCUAGUGUUAAUGCCAGAUCCACGAGCUCAAAACAUAGCUUUAUUUGAAGAAUCAGCCAAGGCAGCUCCACUAUCGUUUCAGCAGAACCAAGCUGAGAAAGACAUGGCCUGCUUCCCCACAACACCAAGCAACUUCAGACUCCAACAGGACAGGUUGGAUUACCUGGAUCCUGCAAGCUUCAUGCAUUCCUUUCAUGGGUAGCCUGAUGAAUGGAUGAUUGGUAAAAAUGUGAUUUUUCUUCAGGUAACACUGCAGAGUUAUGAAAAAUGAUCUUCUAGCCGAUGUUCAAGAAUGUGAGUAGAAUAACACUACUUCACUCCUUUUCAUGCUUCAUGUUCAACCACUUGCCUCUUUCUUUAACAGCUGAUUUCCAGAACAAAUCAUUUUGUCUCCUAACCGUGAUUUGUAGAUUUACUUUUUGCUAUUAGUUAUAAAAAUUAUGUGUUCAAUGACGUAAAAGCUCAUUGCUUAAUAUUCUUGAGGGACAGUGCCAAUAAGGUAUAUCCUCUGAGAAAGGCUUUCAUGGUUUGGUAUGUGUCAGAAGGAAAUGAAACAAUCAAAUGAUUUUGCAUAGGAAGGUGAUACACAGAAAAUGAAAACCAAUUGCCUAACUUUUACACUACUCUUUCAUUUUUAUUAGGAUUGUCCAAAUAAAACACAUUUAAAGAAAAUACAUUACAGAACAACUGACAAGUUGUUUACACCAGUUCCUAUACCUUACUAACACAUUGCUAAUAUGCAAGUAAAAUGACACCUCUAAUUUUUUCUUAAGAUAGUUUGAAUGUGGCAUGAGUUUCUCCCCCUAAACUUUAUUUCAUUCCAACAUCUCUAGAGAAUAUAGUUUUCGAAAGUAAAAUUCUCUUAUGUAAGAGGCAAAUGAAGUUCAUGUGGUGAAUCUUUUUUAAAUGUUUUCCUGCUUCAUUUCAGAAGGAUAGAUAAUUUAUUAUAUACCCUAGUCUUUUCUUGGUGAAAAAAAUUCCCAAAAGACUAACUUUAAGUUAAAAGAAUAACAGCAGGAUGACAAUAGAAUACUGCCUUACUGUACAUACAAAUUCUACUUUAGUACAAUCCCAUAAGUUUAGCAAUGUAUUUUUGAAGACUAUUUUUCUAUUGUGUAGGCAAAAUAAAGGACUAUUUUCUAUUUUCCCAGUAUAACUCUUUAUGUAUUCAGUGGGUACAGUACUUGCUGCUACAAGGUUAUAAUGAGUAUUUCCAAUAUAUAUGCAGUCCCUGUUUGUGGAGUAAAAUCCCAUAUGAAAUAGAUGAUGAAAUUCAGUUUCCAACACAAUGGACUAUAUUCUUUGAUUCUUUUUAUGUCCAAAAUACUUUAAGAAGCAACCAUUACAACAAACCUGGGGUUUUAGGACUCUUCACAGACUAAAAGUGAUUUCUUCUGUGACUUUAGAGCUAUUCUGGGGCUCCUGCCCAUCAAUGGGUGGGUCUUCAUAAAGCUACCAUAAAAAAAGGAAAGUGUGAUUUCUAACAUCUGUUAGGUUUUGUUUUGUUUUUCUUAACAAUCUUGGGCAUCAGAAGAAUUUUAAGAAAAACCAGGAGUUAGUAUCUCUCUGGAGUAGAUCUAUUUGCAAAAUGUUGGCAGAGGUAGAUACAGUACACAUAUCAGAAGUGUCCAAGCAAAAGUUCAGGAAACCAGGUAUCUGUAGAACAACAGGAACAUCUCCAAAAGUCAAGGUAUAGUAGUGAGAAUCUACAAGUCAGUUCCAAGGUUAGGCUCCUUGAGAAGGGUCAAAGCUUGGAUCUCCAUUUUAAUGGGAGCAUCCAUUGCUUAUCUGCUGCUCAAACUGCCUCCUUAUAUUUUCCAUUUCACUUCUUGACAAAUCCAUUCUCCUUUCACUCACUAACUAGACAUAGAGAACUUGAGCUCACUCUGUGAGUUAAAUAUUCAGCUCCAUAUUGAUAGGAACUGGACAUGGAUGUUUCCUGAUGAUUGAAAGUGAAUACUUUGCCCAUGCUUUCUGAACUUCAAAAGAAAAGAUCUAAAACUGUAUUUCUCAGUAGUUUAUAAACAAUGUCUUGUGAGCGAAGGAACCAUUAGGGAAAGUUAUCCACACUCAUUCCAUCCCCUACAUCUUUAAUACUCAGUGUCUGAGAAACAACUAUAUGGAUAUCAUCUGGCCACUGUUUGAAAAUUUUGUUUGCAGAAUCUCAGGCUCCAGGCCAAACCUAUAAAAUCAGCAUCUGCAUUAAGAUCUAGAUGAUUCAUGCACACACUGAAAUCUGAGAAGCAUUGUCCUAGAUGAGCUUUCCCACUAAAGGUUAUUUUACCACAUGCAAAUAGUCCUCUAUUGGGAAGUACAGAUCAAGUCUGUUCAGCUUGCAAUGAACAAUCCUGUCUAUAAGAAGAAGGCCAAAAAAAAAAAAAAGAAAGAAAUCUAUUAGUGGACUAAGAUGGACAAUGGUAUUUUGUUUAUAUGAAUAUGAUAAAAUUUAUAUGUCUAUAUACAUUUAUCUUAUAGCUUGAAAACUUAAAAAUAAUCUGCUUUUCACAUAAUUUUACAUAUAUGAAGAAUAUUUUGACUGGCUAAAGAUUCAAAUCAAAUCUCCAAAAAUCACCAAUUAGCACUCAUUAAAUAAAGUCAAGACUGCAAUAUUAUCAAUGCUAUGAUCAACUAACACUGUCUAUUUGAGGUGGUUUUUUUUAAUGGCCUAAAAUAUUUUCUAUUGAGAAGACAGCUGUUUGUAUGGAAGAAUGCAUACUAGGGGUCAAGAGAUCUGGAUUCCAGUCCUAAAUGUUUUAUCUUGGAGAGAUUAAUUCUCUUUUCUGGAUCUUGCUUUCCUUUGAAGAAAACAUUGUACCAAAUAAUCUCCAAGAUCUUUUUAAACUCUGACUCCUUGCUUCCAUGACUCACUGAAUAUUUUCCUACAAAGAUAAUUUGAACCAAUGCCUUGUAUCUUAAUUAAGCUAUCAAAUAAUUGAAAUAAUUGCUCUUCAUUAUGGAAAUACAAAGUAAUCGUUAGUGAUGUGCUCUUCAUACUUCACUUUUUAAAUCAUCAGCUCCAGUUUGUCUUAAUAUAUUUCACAUUCAUUUUAUAAGUUAUUCAGGCAUGGAAUCAUAUUCUAAGAUUGUGUGAAAAUACGUAGAGAUGAGAGGCCUAAAACAGAAAAGAGACAUGUCAAAAUAGGCAAUGAGGAUCGGGGAUUUAGCCCAGUAGCACCAUUUCUGCCUCGCAAGCUCAAGGUCCUGAGUUUGAUCCCAGGUACCAAAAAAAAA